GCGGACGGCAGCGGGCGGAGGGGGCGCCGCCAUGGCUCGCCCGCGCCCGGGCGCCCGCGCCGCGCCGGCGCCCCGGUGGUGAUGCCCGCGGGAAGGCGCCGCACGCGAGCCCCGCGGUGAAGGCCCAGAGGGUCCGGCUCCCCCCUCCUCCUCCUCUUCCUCCUCUUCCUCCUCCUCCUCCGCCUCGGCCCCGCGCCCCCCGCCCUGCGCCCGCGAUGGCCGAGGAACAACAGCCGCCGCCGCCCGACGCCCCUGCACAGCUGCCCCCCGGCGCGGGGGCCGCGCUGCCCGCGCUGGUGCCCGGGCUGCCCGGGGGCGAGGCCAGCGCGCUGCAGCACAAGAUCAAGAACUCCAUCUGCAAAACUGUUCAAUCUAAAGUGGACUGCAUUUUGCAAGAAGUUGAGAAGUUUACAGACCUAGAGAAACUCUACCUCUACCUUCAGCUGCCUUCUGGUCUCAGCAACGGAGAGAAAAGUGAUCAGAAUGCCAUGUCAUCGAGCCGGGCGCAGCAAAUGCACGCCUUUUCCUGGAUUCGGAACACGCUUGAGGAGCACCCAGAGACGUCACUGCCGAAGCAGGAAGUCUACGAUGAGUAUAAGAGCUAUUGUGACAAUCUCGGUUACCAUCCAUUAAGUGCUGCUGACUUUGGGAAGAUCAUGAAAAACGUCUUUCCGAACAUGAAGGCACGGCGUCUGGGCACAAGAGGCAAAUCGAAAUAUUGCUACAGUGGACUGCGGAAGAAAGCUUUUGUCCAUAUGCCAACGCUGCCCAAUCUCGACUUUCACAAAACUGGAGACGGGCUGGAAGGAGCCGAGGCUUCUGGGCAGCAGAGCGUCGAUGAGGAAGUCAUCUCCUCGGCCUGCCACCUCGUGUGCGAGUGGGCCCAGAAGGUGCUGAGCCAGCCGUUCGACACCGUGCUGGAGUUGGCCCGCUUCCUGGUGAAGAGCCACUACAUCGGCACCAAGUCCGUGGCGGCCCUGUCCGUGAUGGCCGCAGCGCCACCAGGAAUUAAAGGAAUUACCCAGCCCUCUGCAUUUGUACCUACAGCUGAAAGCAAUUCCUUUCAGCCUCAAGUGAAGACUUUGCCAUCUCCCAUUGAUGCAAAACAGCAGUUGCAGCGCAAAAUCCAGAAGAAACAGCAAGAACAGAAACUACAGUCCCCUCUGCCAGGAGAGUCCUCUGCAAAGAAACCAGAAGGCACCACCACCAACGGGGUGACGAGUCUUCCAAACGGGAACCCUGCGAUCCUUUCUCCUCAGCCCAUUGGCAUUGUCGUGGCCGCCGUCCCGAGUCCCAUUCCGGUCCAGCGGACCCGGCAGCUGGUGACGUCCCCGAGCCCGAUGAGUUCCUCUGAUGGCAAAGUCCUUCCCCUCAACGUGCAGGUGGUCACGCAGCACAUGCAGUCUGUGAAACAGGCACCAAAGACGCCGCAGAACAUCCCGGCCAGUCCCGGCGGGGACCGCUCGGCCCGGCACCGGUACCCGCAGAUCCUGCCCAAGCCCGCCAACUCGAGCGCGCUCACCAUCCGCUCGCCCACCACCGUGCUCUUCACCAGCAGCCCCAUCAAGACCGCCGUGGUGCCCACCUCGCACAUGAGCUCUCUGAACGUGGUGAAGAUGACGGCCAUCUCCCUGACGGCCAGCAGCGGCGGCGCCCCUGUGAAGCAGCCCCCCGCACCCAGCGGUGCUCUGGGGGUGGCAGACGAGUCCAGGGCCUUCCCGCAGAUCAAAAACGGCUCCGUGGUCUCGCUGCAGUCUCCCGGGCCCAAGAGCAGCGGCGGCGGCGGGUCCUCGUCCGCUGUGGAGGUCAAGAUGGAACCGGAGGUCUCCUCCGACGAGCAGCAGGCGGUCCAAGGCCAAGACCCCUCGGAGGGGAGCAAGACACCCAAAGCGGCGCCCAGCGCCCUUCUGGGGCAGAAGAGCACGGCCGAGGGAGCCGCGCAGAAGCCGUCCAGUGAGGGCGUCGUGGAAGUCAAAGCGACAAAGGUCUGUGGCCAGAGGACCAAAGGCAAAAGCCGCUGCAGCGAAAGCCAGCCCGCACCAGCAGGCAGCGACCCGGGCCCGGGCGCCCUCUCCGCCGCCGCCCCCGGCCUGACCCUCACCAGCACCAGCUCGCCGCCCAGCGGUGACUCGGCGAGCAAAGACCCGAAAGUCUGCACCAAGAGCCCCCGGAAACGACUGUCGUCUGCUUUGCAAGAGUCCCAGGUGCCUCCUGUCAAGAAGCCGAUCGUGGAGCAAAUGUCAGUGGCCGUCGUGGAAGACCAGAAGCCGGGUGGCAUUCCGAAGGACCUCGCCGCGGGCCCGCCUCCGGGGCCGGCCGAGAGCGUCGCGGCGGGCGCCGGGCUCCCGGGCGCGCGGUCCCUCGACGUGGGCCCGCGCCUCGUGGCGAACGCGCCCUUGAAUCCCUCCGCGCUGCUGCCCGCAGACGUGGUGGCUCCCGAGGCGCCCGCCACGCCCGCGUCCUCGCCGGAUGUCAAGGUCAAGCUGGAAGGAAGCGUCUUCCUCCUGGACGGCGGCGACGCGAAGCCCGACGGCGGCUUCCACCCGGGCGACUGGCCGCCAGGGGCGAAGGACGCGGACUUCCUGUCCGCCGGCUGCGAGGAGCCGCAGGCCGUGGGCGUGGGGGUGCUGCCGGAGCACCCCGACAUCGGCGAGCUGGAGAAGUCGGUGUGGGAGCUCGAGGGGCUGCCCCCGGAGGCGUACCCGCCCCCACUGCACGGCCAGGUCCAGGAGGCGCCGCUGGGCCAGACGCCCGCGCCGGCCGCCGACCCGCUGCCGCUGCAGCCCGCGCUGAAGGAGUUUGAGCCGGCCGUCUCCCAGGCCCCCGACAGCUACUUCCCCUUCGACGACGAGCUCACGCAGGACAGCAUCGUGGAGGAGCUGGUGCUCAUGGAGCAGCAGAUGGCCAUGAACAACCCGCACGCCUACGGCCCCUGCCUGGGGCUGGCGCUCCCGAGCCAGUCGGUCCCUCCAGGGGCCCCCGCGACCUCGCACACCCCCAGCGCCCACUUCUACCACCCGAUCCACAGCAACGGCACGCCGAUCCACACGCCCACGCCCACCCCGACGCCCACGCCCACGCCGACCCCGACCCCCACCCCCACCUCGGAAAUGAUUGCCAGCUCGCAGGGCCUGUCCCGGGAGAGCCCUUGCUCGCGGCUGGCCCAGACCACGCCCGUGGACAGCGCUCUGGGCAGCAGCCGGCACACACCGAUCGGGACUCCACACUCCAACUGCAGCAGCAGCGUCCCGCCCAGCCCCGUGGAGUGCAGGAACCCGUUUGCCUUCACCCCGAUCAGCUCCAGCAUGGCCUACCAUGACGCCAGCAUCGUCUCCAGCAGUCCCGUGAAGCCCAUGCAGAGACCCAUGGCCACGCACCCAGACAAAACCAAGCUCGAGUGGAUGAACAACGGGUACGGCGGGGUGAGCGGCUCGUCCGUCUCCGGCGGCCACGGCAUCCUCCCGAGCUACCAGGACCUGGUCGAAGACCGUUUCAGGAAGCCGCACGCGUUCGCUGUGCCGGGACAGUCCUACCAAGCGCAGGGCAGACACCUGGACUCUCACUUUGGCCGCGUCACUCCCGUCUCUCCCGUGCAGCAUCAGGGCACUGCCGUGAGCAACGCCACCAAGCAGGAGGGUUUCGCCGUCCCGGCCCCGCUUGACAACAAAGGAACAAACUCGUCCACCAGUGGCAGCUUCAGGUGCCGGAGCGUGAGCCCUGCCGUCCGCCAGCGGAACCUCAGCGGGAGCACCCUCUACCCGGUGUCCAACAUCCCCCGCUCCAGCGUGGCCCCCUUUGGAAGUCCGGUCACCCCAGAAGUUCACGUGUUCACGAAUGUCCACACAGAUGCAUGUGCCAACAACCUGGCGCAGAGAAGCCAGUCGGUGCCCCUGACGGUCAUGAUGCAGACGGCCUUCCCCAACGCGCUGCAGAAGCAGGCGAGCAGCAAGAAGAUCACCAACGUCUUGCUGAGCAAACUCGACUCCGACAACGACGACGCCGUCCGGGGCCUGGGCAUGAACAACCUGCCCUCCAAUUACACGGCCCGGAUGAAUCUCACGCAGAUCCUGGAAACGUCCCCCGUGUUCCCCAGUGCCAACUCGCAGAACCUGAUCGACUCCAGCACUUCGGUUUAUGAAUUCCCAGCACCAUCUUACCUCACCAAAACCGGGAGCGCCGAUCCGAUCAGCUUUUCUCCGGAAGAUACCCAAGCACAAUCCGAACUCGGAGAGCAGCCGCUGGACUUCAACAGCACGGUCAAAGACCUGCUGAGCGGCGACAGCUUGCAGGCCAGCCAGCCGUUGGUAGCUCAGGUCCCCUCCGAUCUCACCAGCGCCGCCUCCGAUUUCUCCAGCGACCUCCGGCUGUCGUCCGACCUCUCCGGCAGCAUCAACGAUCUGAACACGUUAGACCCAAAUCUACUGUUCGAUCCCGGCCGCCAGCAGGGCCAAGAUGACGAAGCCACACUGGAGGAGUUAAAGAACGACCCGCUGUUCCAGCAGAUUUGCAGCGAAUCCAUGAGCUCCAUGACUCCGUCGGGUUUUGAGUGGAUCGAGAGCAAGGACCACCCUGCCGUGGAGAUGCUGGGCUAAGUUGUGUUUCCUCAUACGUAGCACACUGUAUCUAAAGACACACGUAUUGUAUUUGUCUUAAUGGAAGUGCCUCCCGCAGCAGGAACACUAUUAAUUGUGACAUUCUCAAAGAGUUUGCUGCAGAAGUGGUUUCUUCACGUAGGAAAUGGUUAGGCUUGCCUCAGUUCUUAAUAAUUUCCGGAGACAGUAGGCGAUAGAAGAACAAGUAUUAGGUUUUAAAUUCUACAACGUUCCCCCCCAUUUAAUCACAUUGUUAGUAAACAAUUGACUCACCGGCUUUUACAAGCGCAGUCUAGGUCUUUGUUUUGUGUAAAUUUAUUUUAUUCACUGGUUGAUCUGCACAGAAUUUAGAGGAAACCAUUGAUUUUUUUUUUUUGAGGUAGGCUAUUUUUUUCUGUUGUUGUUGGCAUUAUCUUUUAGAUAUGGAAUCAUAGCUUAUGGUGAAUUGUAGACAAGAAGGUCUUCCUUGGAACAGGGAUAAUAUUCAGGUUAUUUUAAGUAUUUAGGCUUGAAGCAUAGAGCUACUGUAGAACGAAAAAUCUCUGUAGGACUUUCUAGGACUUCAGUACCAUUUGCACCUACAAUGAAGGGCUUAAAUAGGGGAAAAUAAUGGAAAAUUUAAUAUUAAUUUAAGGAAAGCAGAAGCAGCACUAAAACUUCUAAAAGGAAAAACUAGUAGCUAUUUAUAUUUGUGACCUUUCAUUACUUCUUAUUUCAAAAUGUUGGUUUUUAAUAUGGCACACACACUCACACACCCCAAAUAACUACCGACAUUAUACUUUAAUAGAAUAAACACAAGCGUGCUAGGAAAAUGUUUUCUGUUUAUGUAAUUGAGAUUGGAGAAUCAGGAAGGAAAAUAAAAACAUUUUCUCACUUCACAGUGGCGGCAUGCACAUACUCAAAUCUAUGGUUUUAUUUUGAGGAAUCUUUAGUUGCAUAAUUGUUAAGCCUUCAGUUAAAUGAUUUCCUUAUUCCUCCUGAAUUCAAUAAAUACAUCUUGUUAUAGGAUCCAUUUGAAAAUAAGCAGGAGGGAGAUAGCAUUAAAAAAACUGAACAAAAACGUUAUACCACCUAAGGUCUGAAGCCACAAAUCUUUAUAUCUCUGAUAAAACAAAGGGGAUAUCAAUAAUACUUGAAGAAGAGGAGCAUUUUAUUACAUGCUUAAUUUAUUGUGAUAGCCACAAUUGCAAAAGACGCACUCAGGAUUUGUUUUAAAAUGUUUCUCUCUAUGGCUCUCAUUUUGUUUUAUGAAUAGUUAUUUAUGAAUUUCAUGUUAACAAAAAUCAGCUCACUAGUUGACAGUUCCGCUUAGUGAGUUUCAAGAUCAUUUUCAAAGAGAUUUAAAACUUGCCAUCACGUCUUUAAAGCUAACAUGAAACCAUUGCUGUGCUAUGUUGAAUCUAGCUAAGCUUUCCUGUACCUUAAUUAGGAGGCCAAUCAGAAAACUGCAAUCAAUGAAUAUUUAACAAGCAUGAUGAAGGGUUUAAUUUAAUAAUAUUUCAUCGUUCACUAAAUUUGCAAGGUAGGGUAUUAACAUUUUGAUAAACAAAUGGUGCUAGGGUUGGCUCAGAGAUUUAUAUAUUAAUAACAUCAUAGUUAUUGGCAUUUGUGUAUGUUUGCUGUUAUCUUGAUUUAAUAAUCUGUUAGAUUUUUUUUUCCUUGACGCUAGUUAUUUCUUCACUGUACAUUGAGACACAGCACUACUGCACACCAAAGUAUGCAAUACCCAAAGGAAACUGUGUGAUUUCUUCUUGUAACAAAUUAUGGGAGCCUUUUCUCUAUGAGAUACUCUGAAAAGGAGAUUUUUGAGGCCAUUCUAAUCCCUUGUUUACAUUAUUAGCUUCCUACAAAUAUAAAAAUAAUGGAAUCUUUUUUGAUAAAAAUAUGAAGACUGGAGGAUUUUUAACCCCAUGUACAGUAUUGCAGCAAACACUUUAAAUUUGGUUGAAUUCGUCCAACAAACUUUCUGGGGUUCAUAUAUUGCACUAAAUUUGUUGAACCUGGGGUAGGCACAUCUCUUAGGAUAAAUGCGACCAAUGCAGUCCACAAAGUAAAGUUUUUAAAUGUGUUUCAUUAUGAAAAGACAAAAUGUCAUCAAAGUGACAGAUAAAAUUGUCUUAUGUAGCAAUGUGCAUUGAUCUCAAUGAGAUAUUUCUAUUUCUUAUUCUCUUACAUGAGAAUAUUACAGCAGGAAGAAUUAAGUUUAGUUUGCUUCACCAUGUUAAUACAUGAUCACAAAAUGUGCAUGAGUGUUAUUGACCUAUCCUGUACAGUACAAGGUAUUCUGUAACCACUCUUUUUUUCUUGGCUGUAUUGAAACUGGUUCAGUGAUAACCAGGCAAGCAUAGUUAUUCACAAGUUAUUCACUUUUUUUAUGUUUACUAAUUCUGCUUAGUUAUUGUUGAAUAUGUUCUUUUAUUGGAUUACUUUCAUUGUUUUGAUGUUUGAAACAUUUUACAUAAUGUUUAUCAUGCUAAGACUUCAUGAAGUAAAUAAUUUUGCAUAUAUUUGCAAUAAGCACUGACUUUUGAACUGAAAAGAAGGAAAGUGUUUUUUUUUUGUGCAGUGCAUCUGAAGUUCAUAUAAUAGUCUUGUACUAUAAUGUGCUUUACUACACCAUAAAUGACAAAAACAAGCCCUGUUUCAUGUUUUCAUUUAGUGCAAAAAAAAAAAAAAAAAAAAAAGAUCGGUUUCCCCAGUGUUUUGUUGUCUGUUGUACCUGCUGAAACUACAGUAGUCGACUAUUGCAGUAGCAUUUCAGUUCUCUUUUUUUAUUGAAAGUGCUUAAAAAAUUGUUUUUUAAAUGUUUUCAAAAACAAUUAAAAACAUUUUAUAUUAAACCGA